ACUAAAGUAGAUCUAGCUUAGCUAGAGAUUUAGAUUUAGACAGAGAUCUAAAUAUCUAAUAUUAUAGUGUAAUAGAUUCCAAUAGUCUAGAGCUCAUCCCCAAAAUCAAAUAUAGAACUGUAUCUAGAUAGAUUUUAGAUCUGCCUUGCGACUACGAAAAUGGCAGACGAUGAUGAUAAAGGCUACCGAUGGGAGACUGAAUACGAAAAGACUUGGGAGGAACUCCAUGAAGAUGAAUCUGGGUCACUAAAGGCUAGCAUUGAUGACAUCCUACAUCGUGCCAAAAAAAGACUACUGACUGACCGGGUGACUAAUGUCAGGCUUGGUAUGAUGCGUCAUUUGUUUAUAGUAGUGGAUGGGUCAUCAGCGAUGUCGGAUCAAGAUUUGAAGCCUACGAGACUAAUAGCAACUUUAAAACUGCUUGAGUUUUUUGUGGAAGAAUUUUUUGAUCAGAAUCCAAUCAGCCAGCUUGGUAUCAUCAUUUCCAGGAACAAACGAGCUGAGGUAGUCACACAACUAGGAGGCAAUCCAAGGCGACACGUAAAGGCUUUACAGACUCUGUCAUCCCAAGCAUGUCAAGGAGAGUACUCUCUGCAGAACUCUUUGGAGUUAGCAUUGUCUACACUCAAACAUAUGCCCAGCCAUGCUAGUCGAGAGAUGCUGCUUAUCAUGGGCAGUUUGACCACUUGUGACCCUGGCGAUGUCAGAGAAGUGGUUAAGACUGUAGCCAAAGCUAAUAUUCGUUGUUCAGUCAUUGGUCUGUCUGCAGAAGUCAGGAUUUGUAAAACACUUUGUCAGCAGACGUCAGGCACUUACAAUGUCAUACUUGAAGAAUCUCACUUCAAGGAUUUAUUGAAUAGUCAUGUGACUCCAGCACCAGCCUCAACGACCACGGAUUCAUCUUUAAUAAAAAUGGGAUUUCCUCAUCAUGGACUUGGUGGAGAUACAGAAGAGAAGCCUUCCAUGUGCAUGUGUCACCUGGACAGUAAAACCAGCGAAGGCUUCAGUACGGCCGGCUAUUUCUGUCCUCAGUGUAAAAGCAAAUAUUGUGAGCUGCCCAUUGAGUGUAAAGCCUGUGGUCUUACUUUAGUGUCAGCCCCACAUCUGGCCAGAUCUUAUCAUCACUUGUUCCCGCCUGAACCUUACAAAGAAUUCCUGACCUCUGACAUCAUCCUGGUAGGCAAAGUAUGCUGUUAUGCCUGUCAGAUAGAGAUCUUGGAUCCACAUGUUUAUGUUUGUGAAAAGUGUGAGCAGCAGUUCUGUUUAGACUGUGAUUUGUUUGCCCAUGAGACUUUGCACUCUUGUCCAGGUUGUGCCAGUUUUAGAGAGCUACAGACUGUACAGGCAACUUCACUGUCAUAGGACACAGAACAGGCAAUGUCACAGGACAAGUACAAGCAACAUUACUGUCACAGCACGCUAUACAGGCAAAAUCGCUGUUAUAGGACACAGUAAAGGAAACAAUUGUCUCAAAUCACGCAAGGUGGCAGUCCUAUUGGAGUCAUCAUCUCAGAUAGCAUUUAUAAGUCCCCCUUUUUUGUCUUUACCUAUCCCUUAGUCUGUUGGACCGUUGGGGCACCUAGCAAGAUUCGUCGACCGUCUUUCUCCAUUCCUCCCUGUCUUUUGCCUUCGUUAGAACCUCUUUCAAUGGCAGGCCCGUCCAUUCUUUUUUAUGUUGUUCUCACAUCACUUUCUCUGUCUGCCUUUCCUUCUCUGAAGGAAGGUCUUUGCGAGCCCCGAAGAUCUUGUGAUAUGGCCAUAGAUUUUAAGCUUACGUUUUUUUACGAUAGUUAGCAGGUCAUCAUGGGGUCCGAUUGCUGCAGCAACCCUCUCUCUAAUCUCUUGAUGUGGUCUUUAAAUGUGAUACCUGGGAUCCGUCUGUAGUUUUAAUCACUCAAAAAAAGUGCCUAAGAUUCAGAGAUCAGUGUGGUGAUAGGAACUGAACUACAUUUUAAAAGUGAAACUAAAACUAAAAGUUAAUCACCAAUUUUAAAAGAUAGUUAAACUAAACUAAGUAAAAUUAAUUAAACAAUAACUUUUUGAAAUUUUUUUAUUUUUUUUGUUUCUUUUGACUUGUCGUAGUAAGCUAAUCUCUCAGGGCUGCCUGACUGAAACAGCCAGGUAAACCAAAGAUUGACAUAUGAAACACAUAGGAUAUAAUCAUCUUCUUUUUUGAAGACAAGACUCUAAUGUAUAAGAUAGACAUAGCAGUAGGCCUACUGUUCUAAUUCUUAAAUCAUUGUAAAAAUCUUUCUCUGCAAUAAAAUCUACAAUAAGGAAGAUAUUGUGUUUUUUUGCACUAUAAAGUUAAGGAAAAAAAAAAAGAUGUUUACAUAAAUAAAUGUGUGUAUGUGUAUUAAUAUUUUUUACCAUCAACAAAAAACUUUAGAAAAGAAGACUACUUUCAGGAAAACUUUGCAGUCAAGUUUAAAAUCUCAUAAAAGAUAUAAAUUAAAAUUUCCAGAUUUAUCGUAUCGAAUAAAAAAACAACAGAUGUAAUCUUAUCUUAUAAAACACAGACAUUACUUCAAUGUAGUCUUAUCUUAUAAAAUACAGACAUUACUUCAAUGUAAUCUUAUCUUAUAAAACACAGACAUUACUUCAAUGUAAUCUUAUCUUAUAAAAUACAGACAUUACUUCAAUGUAAUCUUAUCUUAUAAAAUACAGAAGUUACUUCAAAAAGAAGAUGGUUACAUCAUACGCAUGUUCCUAGGUCCUAGUCAUGCAUGUUAAUCAUAGACUUAAAUUCGGCCAAGUCAUUGGUUUUCCUGGCUGACUCAGGCAACCCAUUCCAUGCUCUAAUAGCACUAGGAAAAAAAGGAGCAUAUGGAACAAGGAAUCUGCCUUUAUCUUUGUCUUUCUGAUUAUUUUACAGGGGCUUAGCUAGGAAUUUGCCAUCAUUUGGGAGCCCAAGGGGGCUAGACCUCUUUCUGGACCCCUGAAUUUUGCGUAUUUUUAAAUAUUUAAUGUAAGAACACUUAUUUGGGGGCCCGGGGGGAUUUUCAAAUGCUCCUCCCCCAACCCUAGCCACGCCACUGUUUUUUUUAUUAGGUUUUGUUUUUGUAGAUUAUGGUUUAAUGUUUUAAUUUUAUGUAUAAUUACUACUUUUAUCCUGAAGUGUCUCUAAAUUAAGUGAUUUUACUAAAGGUGCUAAUCAAAUGUGAAUCUUCGUUUGUUAUGAAUCUCACUGCUAUAUUUUAGUGUCUGUUUUAGUUUCUUAAUGUACUUGAGUUGAGGGGGUCACAAACAGACGAUACAUACUCUAUAUUAUUAGCCAAACCAAGGUUCUUGCCUGACCUGGAAAAUAAACGAAAUUGUUGCACUGUUGAGAAACGUUUGACCUGUAUUAUUAUUGUAGCUUUUAUAUAGCCCUACUUUCAUGCUUAUAGCAUGCUCAGAGCGCUUUGGUCCAAUCUCAUUUGUGGACCGGUG